UAAAGUUAUUACAGUCUGCUUGCUUUACCAUUUGAUGGUUUAGAGCGUGAGAGGAACUGUCUUUGAAAAACAUCGAGAGUGGAGAGAUGGGGAUUUUCGAUUUCAUGUACUCAUCGACCGAUUAUCUGAAACGAAACGCCCCCGAUCUGACGCCGGUGAAGGACGCAUGCCGGAGCACUUACGGUUACGGCCGCACUGCCGUUAACACCGUCAGAGACAACGCUGUGAUAGACAGAUCGAGAAGGAUGGGGGUUUCCGAUUUCAUGUACUCGUCGACCGAUUAUCUGAAACGAAACGCACCAGAUCUGACGCCGGUGAAGGACGCAUGCCGGAGCUCUUACGGUUACGGCUGUACUGCCGUCAACGCCGUCAGAUGCAACGUCGAUACUGUGAUCAAGUACUAUCCCGACGGUGAAGCACAAGCCAAGUUCGUCCGGAUCGGCACCAAAAUAGUCCAGAAUGCGGCCCUCUAUGGCUUCGAGGAGUAUCUCAAAUGCGUCCCUGGUUAUUCUGCUUGUCGAAUUGCAUUUGAUAAAAUUGUUAUGCCGGCAAUUCGUGAUGAAAUGGCACCGCCAGCUAAUAAGAAAAACACAGCAGAGAAAGAAUCCGGUGGUUGCAGGAAAUCACUUGAGCCACCAAAGAUAGUCAAGGAGGAUAAGGACUUGGCCUCUGAAAAUGCACCCCGCAGGGAUUCAAGUGAAAAUAAAAAACCAGAAGAUGUGAUACCAAUAUUCAUCAAUGGGUCUGUGGGUAGAAAUACUUUUGAUGAUCUGAUUGUUCCCGUGACCGGACGCGGGAAGAAGCAGCAGUAGAAGGGCAGUAUCUGGUAUGUAGCAGAUAAGAUUGUGAAAAGUAAGUGAUGGUGAAUUUUUAGUGCUAGCAUGGCUUUAACUUAUUUCACCUUUUGUAAUUACUAUGACUCUUAUAUACAGACAUCCUAGUUGAAUGCAAGUUAUCGGACCUUAUGCAAUCAAUAUAUAGGUUAUUUGCAGCU